AUGGCAAAGCCCCUGACAGGAAAAAGGAAGCUGGUUUGGCAGAGCAGCGCCGGUGGAGGGACGAAGGUCCCGACACUGUCACGUCAGCCCUGUCCGAAGCCACAUGAGGACCUGGACUCCUCUGAGGUGAUGUAUCCCCUUCUCAAAACCGACAGGACUUCUCAGUGCCAGCAGAGCUUAUAUCCACGUGAGCUGCACAGAUGGACGAGUUCAGAGCACCUCCUUGAUGCCAACACGCGCAAAGGAAAAGUCACUUUUUACUUUCCCAGCAGAUGCUGCUUUCCUGGGGUGGGGGGACACCUGGCAGGUACCCACUCCUUCCUCUGGCCACAGAACGCCUCUGCCAGCAAUGAGGAGGAAGAGGAGAGAGGGGCCGGCUUCAAGGAGGAUUUGGAGGAGUUCCAGUUCUUGCAAGGCCAGUACCACGCUGAAGAAAAAAGGGAACUCUUGUUGUUUCGUAACUACACUAAUGCUCUUCACAGUGAUCUUCACAAGCUCUCCAAACUUCUUUAUUUACCAAGAUGCUGGAUGGCAGGGAACACAUACAUGCCUGAGGAUUUGCACAUCGCAAGGGCAGAAUUCACAAGGUCCCACACACCCAGCAAACCAGGCAGUGAUGACCCUAUCACAGAAGAGGGAAGGGAAGCAGCACGCAGAGCACUGUCUAUAAAAUCAAGCAGUUGCAAAUCCUAAGUGGGACUUGGCCACAACUGCUGCUGGACAGCAAAACCUAUGAUUUUUCAGUGGUCGGCGAUGCCUCUGCUAUCAUCUACUUCCUUCGAGGACUGAGUGAGUGACUCGUGUUCUUUCAUGUGUUUUGAGUUUAUAUUGUGAAUGUUAUAUUGAUACUGCAAGCCAAGUAUGAAGAUUUGACCCGAUCUGCAGAGGGUUCAGGUGACUAGGAACCCAAAGUUAAUCUGUGCUACAAAUUGUGUGCUAUGCUACUUAUAAAAUUGUGCUACACUGAUUCUGAUUAUAAAAAUCCUAUGCUAUUCUGGUCAUAAAAUUGGAUGUAUGCUGUAAAAUUCUGUUUAAAAAGCAAAGCUUUAAUUGUAACUACAGCUUAGUGCUGUCAUUGUUCUGUCCAGGAUCCCCUUGGGUGACAAAACCCCGUUCACAUAAAAUUUCUCCUUGUCCAACUGGGAAUAAAUCAUCUAGAAGUCCCACACAGAUAUCUGGUGCAGGUGUAGCUAUUUUUGCAGCAAGGGAACCACAUGUAUUCUGUUGGAAAUAUAUCAAACAGCUCAUUCUCCAGUCCAGUAAGAAGCAACAGAUGGCUCUUCAGCUCUGCAUUGUGGAAGGGGUCUACUAAGUGGAGGGAUCAACCCCAGAGAAAACAGAAUCUGACAAAGUCAAAAAAGGUCCCUGAGACCAGCAGUACCAGCAGAGUGCAUGCUCAGAGGGACACUUGUUA